UAGCGGAAGGAACCGAAGCGCAUUUCUAUUAUUAGCCUAAUGAUAUGCGCUUUACUUCUCUAAAUCCUUCGACGGCAUUGAGUGCUGAAUGACUUAAACACACACAUGGACGCUUUGCCUCACGUUUCUCCCCGUGUUCCCAGUGCCUCCAGAUUGGGUAACGGCGUGAUAGCGCGGCGUGUCACUUAUCCUGAUUGCAACUCCCCGUGGAGACGCACCGCGCUGUGCGGGAUCACUCCUCCGCACGACGCACCAAGGACACGCGGGAGGCGGUCUGCGUGCUGAAACUCCAAAGGCACCUGUCCCCCCUCACCACACACCUGGUCGGACGACACACGUCUCUGCGCAUGCUCCGUUUGCGGUGCAAUCUUUUAAAGCAAUUGAAACCGCGGUACAAACCAGAGGAGUUGGACUCUUUUCAGACUCACUGCAGCAUCGCACAGAGGAGCCCCUGAUUGCUCCGGAUUAUCACAGAUUUGUUUUCUAAAAGGCCGUCUGCUGGAGAAGAUGCCUAGGUCUUUCCUGGUGAAGAGCAAGCGGGCCCACAGCUACCAUCAACCGCGUACCGUGGAGGACUACAGCCGGCUGGAUACCAUACUGGCGCAGAUAUGUUCAGAAGCAGACACGAUCCCAGAAGACUCGAUGGACCCGUACGGCCUUUCUCCGGGGUCUCACCCGGCUGAUAAAGGGAGUUAUUUCCCCGUCAAGUCCCCGGGGAGGAGCGGGGAGGACAGCGUGUGUCAAUCCCCGGACUACGAGGACUUCUGGCGCCUUCCCUCCGCGUCUCUGUCCCCAGUGAACUCGGAGAAAUCCCUGUCGCCUUUGGUGGAUGAGACCCAGCCCUUCGUGGUGCCCUUCAGGCCGUACGCCUGGAACAGCUACUCGGGGUCGGACCUCAGGCACCUGGUGCAGCAGAGCUUCCAGCACCACGACGCGGACUUGGACCAAAGCGCGUGUCUUUCCUUUAACGAGGACAGCGCCAACAAGGCUGCUCUCUUCGCGGAGAGGACGGGAGAGGAGGACUACGGCGACUACAGGCCAACCAUUGGUGGGUUCACCCGAGCCCCGGUGUUCUUCCCCGACGAGGUCCUCCACGGACCCCCCCACGACCACCUGAAGACCCCGUCCGAGUUGCUCUGUUCGCGGCUCAUCCACAACGGCACGUACAAGUGCGUCAAAUGCAGCAAGGUAUUUUCAACCCCACACGGUCUGGAGGUCCACGUCCGAAGGUCUCACAGCGGGACGCGGCCGUACGCGUGUGACAACUGCGGCAAGACUUUCGGACACGCAGUGAGCCUCGAACAACACAAAGCGGUGCACUCACAGGAAAGAAGCUUUGACUGCAAAAUCUGCAGUAAAAGUUUCAAGCGGUCUUCGACACUAUCCACGCACCUCCUGAUCCACUCGGACACGCGGCCCUACCCCUGCCAGUACUGCGGAAAGAGGUUCCACCAGAAAUCCGACAUGAAGAAGCACACCUUCAUCCACACAGGGGAGAAGCCGCAUAAAUGCCAAGUGUGCGGGAAAGCUUUCAGCCAGAGUUCCAACCUCAUAACGCACAGCCGGAAACACACGGGAUUCAAACCAUUCGGAUGCGACCUCUGCGGCAAGGGCUUCCAGCGCAAGGUGGACCUGAGGCGGCACAAAGAGACGCAGCACGGCCUCAAAUGAACUCUCCCCACAACAAAAACUUUAUAACGAGAACAUUCAGAAACACUAAACUAGAAUAUGUUGGCCUAUAGGACCUACCACAGAGAACCAGUGAUAAGCUAUGGAAAUCAGGCUUCGAGGAAUCGGUUGUGUCCAUGACGUUUCAAAGCUGGUUUGAAUUCCCUUGGGUGGAUCUGAACCCAAAAUAUUGACACUGCUGCUCCCAAUCGGUGCUCCAGCAAGAGGAGCUCACGGAAAUCUGCGCCUCUCCAAAGAGCGGUAUUUGUUGUCAGUGGAGAGGAAUGCGGGCAAAACAAGACACACGACUGUGUGAUUUAAUACACAUAAGGGUCACUCAUUUAACAAUGCUGUUUCCAUUUUUGCACAUUGUGUUGUUGAAAAAUAUUCCCAUAGCCUAUAGGCCUGCUAUUGACGUGGUAUAGCCUAAGUUGCCAGCUGGUUUGAAUUAAAUUAAAUAUUACAAUAAAACAAAUUAUACAUUUUCUAUUUAAAUAUCAUUAGCCAUGGGACAAAAAUAAUUAGGCUACAAUGUAUCCCGAUUAUUGUCCUUAUUAUUGCCAAUAGAGAAAAUACAACCGACCUCACGUGGU